AUGGCGCUGCCAGUGGUGUGGAGCGCAUUGGCUGGGCCCUGCCUGCCUUGGCCCUGGGGGCUCACCAGCUCUGCUCUGCUCUCCGAGGGUAAGUUCACAGACAAGCAUGAAUGGAUACCAACCAAAAAUGGUAUUGAAACAGUGGGAAUCAGCAAUUUUGCACAGGAAGCUUUGGGAGAUGUUGUUUACUGUAGUCUGCCUGAAGUUGGGACAAAAUUGAACAAACAAGAUGAGUUUGGUGCUUUGGAAAGUGAGAAAGCUACUAGUGAACUCUAUUCUCCUCUAUCAGGAGAAGUCACUGAAAUUAAUGAAGCUCUUGCAGAAAACCCAGGACUUGUCAACAAAUCUUGUUAUGAAGAUGGUUGUCUGAUCAAGAUAGCACUCAGUAAUCCUGCAGAACUGGAUGAAUUAAUGAGUGAAGAAGCAUGUGAGAAAUACAUAAAAUCUAUUGAGGAGUGA